AAGGUCACAGUUAUCGAAGAUGGCGAAGUGUUGACAAUAAGCCAUAUAUUCUUACCAAUAUUACUAUUUAUUGAACAAGCUGGGUAAAACAAUUUUUUUUGUAAAGGUUUUUCAUCUUCAUAGUAGUUCUACAGUAGUUGUGACCGGUUUCACAAAAACAAGUGCUUAAAAUGUCUGAGACGAGUGGUUUGCGUCAACGGAUAAGCUCCGUCAUGGACAUUCUAGCCUCCGCUGUGGUGACAGAGAUUUGCAAAUUAGUAGAGGAUUGCUGUGGAGCGUUAAGUGUAGAAGUCUCUCAAAGCAAAGAGCAAAUCAAAAUGCUAGAGAAGCAACUCAGCCUGACCGAGUCGAGGUACAUGUCGGUGAGUGGCAAAGGAGGUCAGACGCCUGUCAGCAGCGGCUCACCAAUAAACAACAGUCCUUCGGGCAAUUACCCCACGGCCAAUGCCGAUGAUGCGGACGACACUCACGAUGACAAAGGUAUGGUGCAUGUGCAGGACUUUUAUUUUGACAUGAGAUUUCCAGCAGUUCAAUGUCUCUGAAGUGGAGUUUCUCCCUGAGCAGCAGCAUUGUAAGCAGGAGUUGAGCCCCAUCCUGGGGCAAGAUGACUGGCACCCCAUACAGAUUAAAGAAGAACAGGAGGAAUUCAGGAUCAUCCAGAAGGAGGAAGACUCUGUAUUCACUCCUGCCUGGGUGAAAAGUGACUAUGAUCAGUACUCAACUCAGUCCUCACAAACCCAAAGUGAAGAAUAUGAAGACAGAAUGGCCUCAACUGAACAGAUCAAAACAGAACCUAAGGAAGAUAAUUCCUCAGAGCCAACCAGUGAUUCUUAUCCCCAGUGCAAAUUGAAGAAGACAUGGACAGAAAUUGGACAAAGCUCGAAGGGUAGAAAAACCAUGGAUCUAAGGUCACCAGUGCAAAUGAGUCACACAGAAGAGAAAUCAUUUUGCUGUAGUGAUUGUGGUGAACGUUUCACUCAGAUGGGAAAACUGGAUGCUCAUAGGAAGGCCCACAAAGGAAAGAAACCGCAUCGCUGUGAUGAAUGUGGCAAAUGUUAUACUCAAAGUGGGUAUCUAAACUAUCACAGAAAGACUCACACAGGGGAGAAACCUCAUCGCUGUCAUGAUUGUGGCAAAUGUUUCUAUCGAGUUGGUGAUCUGACACUUCAUAUGAGGAUUCACACAGGGGAAAAACCACUUUGCUGCCAGGUCUGUGGCAAAUGUUUUGCUCGUCCUAGUAAUCUGAGGUCUCACGUUAGGAUUCACACAGAGAAAUGUUAUUCCUGUCAUUAUUGUGGCAAAUAUUUUCGGCGUAAAGAUAGUCUGACCGUGCACAUGAGGAUUCACACAAGGGAAAUCAUAUAAUUGUUGCUAUAGUAGCACAUCUUUCAGCACUAGUGGUAGUCACAUGAGUUCAUGUGAGGAUAAGUCACAUGAGCUAUAAACUAUCAGGAUUGUUGUAAAUGUUUCAAUAAUUGUAAGAAUAUGAGGAGACUAAGAGCAGGAACCACAUGCUACCAUGACUUGCAAAUAUUUCAUAACUGCCUUUCUUUAACAUUAGCUAGGUUUCCAUUCAAUUGGCGACAGAUAUGAAUGUGAAUAUUCUAAAUUCUGCAUAAGGAAAAUAUGCGCAUUUUCCCACCUGUUUCCACCAAGCAGACUUGUUGUGGAUAAAAAUCAGUGUGUGAUGACGUGGUGCACACAAUGUACAUUUUCACUUAAGUUUUCAUGUACCAAAUAAAAAUCUAACUUUGUGAAUAGUUUCGUCACAAACUGUUGCUAUAAAUAGCAAAUGUGCCUACUCUGGUCUUGGCUCGUGCUCUCUAACCAACAGGUCGCAGAGACAGGGUAGGCUAGCCUUCAUGAUGAGAUUUAUUAUGGAUAAGAGUGAGAAUAUUUGUAUUCAUCGAUCUUCAUCUCAAUAAGACCCUCAAUAUUUUUGAGAAAGGAGCAUCAAGCUCAUACCAUGCACUUUCACCACCCUGUGAAGUUCAUCAUAACAUGACACGUUCUACUCUGAUUUAGCCAUCGCCUCCUGUGUUCCUGACCCUGAGUUGGCUCUAGAAAAUGUAUUCUCCAUAUUUAUUCCUCUGGCAGAUACACACACCCUUUUUAAACAAUUCAGAGUCAAAGAUAGAUCUAACCCUUGGCUUGAAUCUGAGCUCAUUCAGAUGAGAAAUCAGGCCUGGGCCAAUUCAAGGAAACUGACUUUGUAGUGGACUGACAAUCUUUCAGACAAUUGAGAAACAGAUGUCCUAUCUCGAUUUCAGAAGCUUAAUCAAGCAAUCUCUGACUCUGCUGGUGAUCCUUCUAAGUUUUGGAAAACAGUCAAUGUGCUGAAUAGAACACAUUCCUCGUCUUCCGUGCCAAGGCAGGCCUCUGGCAUCAUAACUGAGAAGAAUGGGAUAAGUGAUGCUUUUAAUCAUCUUUUUUUAUCUAGGCAGGCUUUUUACUUGAGAAAAACUGGUUUAAAUGAUCCUGGUAAGUCAAUCAACUGCUCUUCCCUCUGCCAGCCUCCAGCUGACACGACUGUUAACCCGUCAACUUAUAGUGAAUCUUUGUUUAUUUCAACAAUUUACUAUCUGUGAUGUACUAGAUGCUUUGCUUAAGAUUGAUGUGUAAAAAUGUUUUUGUUUUUUAAAUAAUAAUAUUUAAAAAUCCCCUGGGACUAAUAUGCUUGAUCCAUUUUAGCUGCAGUUCUCUGCCCCCCUGAUUGCUAAAUUAUUAACCCAUCUUUAUCCUGACCAUUAUACAGUGGGACAAAAAAAAGUAUUUAGUCAGCCACCAAUUGUGCAAGUUCUC